UGUUGUCGUGGCCAGAAUGGAAGCCAAAUCGUUCGGCGCUUUUGAGGGCAUAAAACAACACGAAGAGAUAACUACUAUCGACGAUCUCAGCAGCAGAGAAAAGGACUCCUCCGAAGAACGGUCUCCGAGAUGUUUCCGAGCGACAAGAAGUUUUCAACCGAAACGCGUAUCGGAGUUGCCUCCCCUGGAAUCCGAUUCAGACUCCGACGGUGACGGAAACUUGAACUGUGCUAUCCUGAACGAUUCCUUCCUCCUGACACCGUCGAAAUGCGUUGACGACUUUGGCAGUGCGCAGAAAAAGUCUGCCUUGAAACAAACAGUGCACAAACAAGCUAAUGACGCCAUCCCCAAAUCGCGCAUGAAAUUGGAGGACAAAUUAUCGUUGAGUACGGAGAUAACUGCGCAAACGGUAAAGCGCCAUCCACUUACCGAGCGACCGGUUCAUGAGCAGCCUCCAAUCAAAAACAAAGAACAACGAAACUCUCCACCGAAAACUGGAACAACCCACAAUGAAGUCGGCACAGAGCCAUCGAAUAAGGUUGACCGAUCAUCCAAACUGGACGCCAACGGUUCCCACAGUCCACCGAGGCAGAGUGCACCGGCUGAAAGGAGUGAUGUGGACAGAAGCCGACAUCAAUUCGUCACUCCGAGAGAUAAGUUCCCGGUUGUGCAAGUACGAGGAACAGGCUCGAGAAUGCUCACAUCGACGGCCGUAAGAGGAUCGCGCGAUUCGGUGGAGAACGAGUUCAAGUCACAGAAGAUUCUCUUCGCGACACCGCUGGCGAUCGCACGGGCCCCGGUUAUGUCGAUGGCUAACGAUAGUCUUAAUCUCUCGUUACUGGACACGCCGGUUAAACAAAAGGAACCGAACAUAUUGACACCGAUCGUGGAGCAUCGUCCACAGCCUUCGACCAAACGAUCUGCGGAUGAAUUGUUUGGAUCCUCUGAGCCACCGCUGCAGGAACCUGUGUUAGUAGCACCAACAGCGAAGGUUGACAUCAAAUGCGAUUCGACUGCAGAGACAAACGAUCAUCAGCAGCCACCAAAAGAACGUUCGAUCAGCAUCAAUGGCAAGGAGUAUUUGGUGAUGAAAAAACUAGGCUCGGGAGGAUCGAGCUCAGUAUUUCUAGCCAAACAGGUAUCUAGCGGCUUGGAAUGCGCUGUUAAGCUCGUCAAUCUGAACGGGGAUGCCAAUUUGGUUGAGGGAUAUCUGAAUGAAACGAGGCUACUCGCUAAGCUGCAAACGAAUGAGAACGUGAUCGCCCUCUACGAUUACGCUCACAUACCGGAGGCAGGACAGCUGUUUCUGGUGAUGGAAAAGGGUGAGUGUGAUUUGCAUCGAAUUUUGCAAACUUACACGAAGGAUAUUCCACUGUACUCGCUCGUGAGCAUCUGGCACCAGAUGGUACAGUGUGUGCACUAUAUCCACGAAAAGGGAGUCAUCCAUCUCGAUUUGAAACCGGCCAACUUCCUGAUGAUCCGGGGACGCCUAAAGCUGAUCGACUUUGGCAUUGCCAGCAACAUUUCGUACGACUCAACCAGUAUCAUGAAGUUUUCACAGGCAGGCACGUUCAACUACAUCAGCCCCGAAGCGCUCAUUGACACGUCCAGCGAAAUGAGCCCCGUAGGGACACAGCCGAGAAUUAAAAUGUCCAAGAAGUCGGACAUCUGGUCUCUCGGGUGCAUUCUGUACCUGUUGCUUUACAAGCGAACCCCUUUUGCGCACAUCAAAAAUGUCUACACGAAAGUGAACGCCAUCACGAACCCUAGCACCGUCAUAGAGUAUCCGGCAUUGGCCAGCUAUUACCCAGCGAUGCUUGUCGAUAUUCUGAAAAGAUGUCUCCGGUACGACGCCAAGACACGUGCUUCCACAGCGGAGUUGCUAGAGUAUCCGUACGAUAUGAUUAUUCCGUUAAACAAGCUAGCAAACCCUGGUGCAUAAUCUAUCAGAGUAAGCAGUCCUUUUUUAUUUCCAAUAAAUGAUCACCACCAA